AUAACCAAUUCACUCACUCACUCACUCACUGCCGCCGAUCUACUUUAUUACUUCCACGGUUUCAUUAAUUCAUUGCUCUCUCUCCUCCCUCUCUCUCUGUUUCCGUUCUCUGCAAGUUUCCACAAUGGCGCUCCCUUCCUUCGCAAUGGGGAGCUACGGGCUCUUGUUCAGACCCAAAGAUGUCCUGUUCGAAAUCAUCGAUUCCGCCAUCUCCAUCGCCGCUUCCCGCUGGCCGGAAGAUCUCGAAGGCCAAAGAGACCAGAUUCUGAAGAGGCUCGGUCUUGGGUCACCCGAAAACGACCAGAACGAGACCGAGAAGAAGAAGAAGAAGGAGGAGGAGGAGGAUGAGGUUUCCACUCUUCCUGAUCUCUCCACCAAGGAGAAGAAGGCGCCGGCGGCUCGGAACGGGAAACAAAUCUCGGCGGAGAUCAUCGUUAGCAAUAGCAAUUGCAAUCAGUACGAUGAUGUCGGCCGAGGACGGAUCAAUGUUGAGGUCAAAUUGGGGAAGCGGCCGGCAAAGGAAUCAGCAGUAGGAGAAGCGAGAGGCAAGCCGCGCGAAUCGUCUCUAGAGGAGAAGAGGAAAAUCGACGGCGAUAAAGCUCUAGGGUUUGCCAGAGAAGACAGGGGAAGAGCCGCCACGCAGCCGAGGAAAGUGGAGAGCUAUUCUGGAAGAGGCCGCGGGGAAAGCAGGGGAAGAAGGAGCGAGGAGGCGGCUGAUCAUCAUUACCAAAGACGCCGCCGUUCGGAAGAUUGGUAUCACGGCGACUACCACCGCAGGAGGACCUUGGACUGCAACCAACGGCGUUACGGCGGCAGCAAGAGGAGUUUCAAUUACGACGAACGGCGUUACAACGGCCGCCGUUGCGAGGAGGAGGAGGAGCGUUCGAGUAAGAGGCAGAGGAUUGUGGAGGAAGCUUCUGCUACUACCACCGCCGGUGGGAAUGGAAGCCGUCGAGUGAUUCAGUACUCACGAAGAUUCCUGCUUUCUAUGCGACCAAGAGAUUGAAGUUUUGCUCUGAAUUUAAUUGAGUCUUUAAGCACUUAAUUUCUAUGUAAUUAAAAUUGUUAACUAAG